AUGGCGAAUGGAGGCAACCCGCAGGAGAUAGACGUCAACUUGCCCUACACGGGCCUGGAGUACGAGUAUGUCUACCAGAUGCUUAUGGGAUGUCUCGUCUUUGUGAUUGUCCCCGGUAUCGGUCUUCUCUACGGUGGCAUGACGCGCAGAAAGUCUGCCUUGGCCAUGGUGUUCCAGUCCCUGACCGUUAUGGCCGUGUGCACCUUUCAAUGGGCCUUUUGGGGCUUCUCCCUCGCCUUCUCACGAACUGGUGGUCCCUUCAUUGGCGACCUGAAGAAUUUCGGAAUGAUUGAUGUCAUGGCCGCGCCGUCAUGGGGCUCUGCUGUUAUCCCCGACAUCGUCUUCGCUUUCUAUGAGUUAAUGUUCUGCGCCUGCGCGACCAUGAUCGUUGUGGGUGGCUCAUUCGAACGCGGUCGCAUCCUUCCGUCCAUCAUCUUCGGCUUCUGCUGGGCCACCAUCUGCUACUGCCCGAUCUCCUACUGGACCUGGAAUGCAAAUGGCUGGCUAUUCACUUUUGGCGCCCUUGACUUCGCUGGGGGUGGCCCGGUCCACAUCUCUAGCGGUACCGCCGGUUUGGCAUACGCACUUGUCCUCGGCAAGCGAAGUCGAUAUGGGGAGAAGCACGUCUACAAGCCUCACAACGUCACCAUUGUCUUCCUCGGAACAGUCCUCAUCUGGUUCGGGUGGUUUGGCUUCAACGGCGGUUCUGCUCUGAACGCCAGCGUUCGAGCAAUGAUGGCCGUCUGGAACACCAACAUGGCCGCCUCAACUGGUGUCGCUGGUUGGGUCUUGAUGGAUUACAUCAAGCACCGGAAAUUCUCUGUUGUCGGCGCCUGCGAGGGGGUUAUUGCCGGUCUCGUUGGUAUUACACCGGCCGCUGGUUACGUGUCUGUCUGGUGUGGAGCUGCCAUUGGUUUCAUCACCGCCAUUGUGGUCAACUUGAGCGAGCCUAUUAACGAUUGGCUCCACAUUGAUGAUGGCCUGGAAGUCUUCAAAUUGCACGGAAUCGGUGGCAUGUGCGGAGCAUUCCUGACGGGUAUCUUUGCCUCUGCCUCCGUCUCAUCUCUCGAUGGCUUCACCAUCGCUCAAGGAGCCAUCGACGGCCACGGCGUCCAGAUUGCCAAACAACUGGCUGAAAUCGCUGCCAUCGCUGGCUGGUCUUUCACUCUUUCCGUCAUCAUGCUGUUGAUUCUCAAAUACAUCCCUGGCCUGCACCUCAGAGUGACAGAUGAGGUGGAAAUCAUUGGUCUGGAUCUCGACCAGUUCUCUGACGAGCUUAUUGGCGAGUGGUCAUUGUUCCAGGACGACGCGACGAACCGUCGAAGUUCGAUUGCCCAGAUCAACGCUCAGAUCACCCAAGGUAUCAACCCGCAUGGAUCAUCUACACCACAGUCUGAGAGUGUUGCUGCGGAAAAGGAGGCGGCCAAGACCACCACCGAGGGCCAACAGUGA